GGAACUAGAGCAUCCCGGGGGAAAUGGAGCAUCCCGGGACUGAACACGAGGAGAAACAGGAGCAUCCCCGGGUCCGACACCGGCACGGAGAGACCGGAGCAUCCCCGGAGCUGAACACGGCGGCGCCGGAGCAUCCCCGCGUCUCGGCGGGCGGAUCCCGCGGGCUGGAGCCGCCCCGGGGCCGGGAUGAGGCCAGGCUGGAGCCGCCCCCGGGGCCGGGCUGGAGCCGCCCCGCUCCGGCCCCGCUCCGGCCCCGCUCCGGCCCCGCGAUGUCGCCGCGCUCCGCCCGCCUGGCGCGGCUGUCGCGCUCCGUCACCUUCAGCGCCUGCCACCGCCUGCACAGUAAAUCCCUGAGUGAUGAGGAGAACCUGAAGCUGUUUGGGAAGUGCAACAACCCAAAUGGCCACGGCCACAACUACAAAGUUGUGGUCACCGUGCGUGGAGAGAUCGACCCAGUCUCGGGGAUGGUGAUGAACCUGACAGACCUGAAGGAAUACAUGCAGGAAGCGAUCAUGGAGCCGCUGGACCACAAAAACCUGGACAAGGACGUGCCCUACUUCUCCGAGGUGGUGAGCUCUGACCCUGCUGCUGUUCCCCCCCAGCACCACGGAGAACGUCGCCGUGUUCAUCUGGGACAGCCUGCAGAAGCUGCUGCCCCAGGGCCUCCUCUACAAGGUGGAGGUGCACGAGACAGAGCAGAACGUGGUGGUCUACAAGGGAGAGGAAACAAUUGUCAAGUGAGGGGAAACGCUCCGUGAUCAGCUCCCUGCAUCCCUGCUCAGGGGAAAUCCUCCAUGAUCAGCUCCCUGCAUCCCUGCUCAGAGGAAACGCUCCGUGAUCAGCUCCCUGCAUCCCUGCUCAGGGGAAAUCCUCCAUGAUCAGCUCCCUGCAUCCCUGCUCAGAGGAAACGCUCCGUGAUCAGCUCCCUGCAUCCCUGCUCAGGGGAAAUCCUCCAUGAUCAGCUCCCUGCAUCCCUGCUCAGGGGAAACGCUCCGUGAUCAGCUCCCUGCAUCCCUGCUCAGCAUUCCCAGCCUUUCCUGGGCUCUGUGUCACAGCAGGACCAGUGCAGCUGUUUCACAAGGACCCUCGCAGCAGUUUGCCCAUCUGGAAUCUCAGAAUGGGUUGGUUUCUCUGCUUUUCCUCAAGACCUUCCUGUUUUGCCAGCUGAUGUGAAGUUUAGAGUUGUGGCGUGGUAAAUAAAGCAGAUUUGGCCUGGCAAAAUCACGAAAG